AGGUUUAAAUAAACGCGGGGCUGUGGAGGAAUUUCUCCUCAGGCGCUGUAAAAGUGGGAAGGGCUGGACUGAACACGCGGAUUUCGGCUUUGGAUGCUGAUUCCGUCAUUGAAGGUCCCAGUUCUUCAUAUAAAUCACUUUAUAUGAGUGUUUUUCAAUCAUAAUCAUCACAUUAAACUGUAGUGACAAUUUGUCGCCGUUAUGGGUGGAAACAGCAGCUCGCGCCACGUUUCGCUCGACGAUGAGGAGGGUGUUACAUUCGUCAAGGGCAUUCGGCUUUCAGAGCGAGUGAUUGAUCGUAUGAAGGAGUCUCAGCAUGUGCAAACUUCAACCAAAUCCUCCAUGCAGUCAGAAAAAACUGAGCGUUCGGUUCCAGAUGAGCGUCAUGUACCCAUAAUGCCUCAUCCUCCCUCUUACGUCAGUACACUAGUCCCUUCAGAGCCACCAACACAUUCAGUACCUGUGAAUGAAGAAACCUCUACACCUGCUUCACCUGUGGGUCCUCCAACAGGUGAUGAGCAUGUAGUUUUGCCUGCUGAACUCAUUAAUAUUCCUUCAACAAGUGACUCAAUAACACCUCCUGAACUACCGAAUGCACCGGUUGAACCCUUCACUCCAGUUUUAACCUUAACUACUGAUCCUGAAGCUAAUACAACUCCUCCGAUCACAGGCUCACUUGGAUCUUCUGUUGAACCUGUAGUUGUGCAGAAUGAACUUCUUGUUACUGAAUCUACUACUUCAUCAUCCCCUGAUUUACCUGUCGAGACUUCACCUUUCCCUACUUCCAUUCCCGAUUCCUCAAGUUCAGCAGUGGUUUUGCCUGAUGAAAUGUCUUCCAGUGCAAUUGAAGCGUUUGGAGAAUCUCCUGUUUCUUGUCUUUCUCCAGUUGAGGAACCUGUUGUGCCUUCAGUCAGUGACCAAGUCUUUCCAUCACAAAUGCACGUUGAUGAGGAAAAACUCAGGAAGGAAAUCAGAGAAGAUCUUCUGAAGCAAAUGAGUGAGGAGAUGAAGAUGGCAGAGCACAACAUCCGACAACAGCUGGAUGAAGAAAAAGCUAAAGCUAAAGCUCAGGCUCAAGCUGCAGCACGACGGCAGAUUGAAGAAGAAGUGAAGAAACUUCUGGAAGAGGAGAAAAAAUCUCAACAACAGACUCUAGCAGACGCCAUUAGGAGAGAAGAGCUGAGCGUUCAGGAUGAGCGUCUCAUUACACAGUAUUAUUGGAUGGAGAGGAAGGCUCAGAAGCUGGAAGAAAAGGAGAAAGAUCUGAAAAACCAGGAUGAUUUGUUUCGGCAGCAGAUCGCAAAGAUGGAAGAAAAGAUGUCCCAGUUCACUAAAGUCACUGCUGAAAAUUACAAAAAAGGUUUAGAGGACGCACAAACCCGCUUCAGGCGAUAUCGAAUCAAGCCCGUGUGUUCAGAUCUCCAGAGUCAGAUCUUAAAGUGUUACGCUGAGAAUAAAGGACAAACUAUGAGCUGCUCCAACAUCGCGUCGCUGUACAUCCAGUGUGUGGACCGCGCCAAACAGGAUAAAAAGUUGAGCACUGGAGGUUGAGUUACUGGCCUGAACAUGAGAAGAAAUGGGUCAUCACAUUGAAAACACAUCUAAAUCAGUACCAAGACUUUGCUUUUACCGAAAACCAUCUCGCAAACAUCAUAAGGGAAUUUUACCUAAGUGGGAAAACAUGGAUUUUUACAUAUUUAUGCAUUUUUAGGAAUAAGAGCCAUGGUUAUUACCUCAUAAAUUAUUACCUCAAAUAAUUUCACUCUUUCAACUGUGAAGUUUUUUUCUUUCUUUCUUUUUUUUGCAUGACUAAAAGAUUCAAAGCGAUGCACAAUCUGAAAGCUGCAGUCUGAAGAUGGUUUUGCAUAGGUCAAAUUUAGUGCCUUUACCUUUGAAAUCUGCAUUUCUUAGAUAAGUUUAUUUGACUUUUUAAUAGCAGAGCUGGCAUUGGUUUCAGAUUUGUCAAAUGAAAAAUGCUAUUUAAAUUGCAGCAUGCAUAUUUUUGUGCCACCUGCAGACCUGUGUUCAUUUAUUUUAGCAUCUUUACAUAAAAAAGCAUUUUGAUUUUGA